AUGGAGGAUUAUGACUUCGACUUGCAGUAUCAUCCUGGGAAAGUUAAUGUGAUAACUGAUGCUUUAAGCCGAAAGUCACGGGGUAGUAUGGCUAGCAUUGCCAUUCGGGAAUGGAAAAUGAUGGAAAACAUAACAGAAAAUGAUAUCCUUAGGGAGUUUCAUUACUCUCGACUUGCAGUGCAUCCAGGUGGCAUAAAGAUGUAUCACAACUUGCGUCACCAGUAUUGGUGGAAGGAGAUGAAGAAGGAUGUAGCUCAGUUUGUGGCUAGAUGCCUUACUUGUCAACAAGUUAAGGAAAAGCAUCGGAGGCCUGCAGGGUUGUUGCAGCCAUUGCCAGUGGCAAAGUGGAAAUGGGAACAUGUUACUAUUGACUUAAUGAUAGGGCUACCGAGAUCGCAACAAGGACAUGAUGUUAUUUGGGUUGUGGUUGACAGACUAACCAAUUGGGAGGAUCAUCUUUCAUUAGUGGAGUUUGCCUAUAACAACAGUUAUCGAUCUAGUAUUGGGAUGGCACCAUUUGAGGCGUUGUAUGGUAGGCCAUUUCAGAGUCGCCAAAAGAGCUAUGCCGAUCGGAGACAGCGACUUUUGUCAUUUGAAGUGGGGGAUCAUGUGUUUCUCAAAGUUUCUCCAUGCAAGGGGUUAUUGCGAUUUCGUCUAAGUGGGAAGCUAUCUGCACGGUUUAUUAGACCCUUUAAGAUUUUGGAGAGAGUUGGAGAGGACCUUGAGAUUGAGAAAGAUGUGUCAUAUAAGGAGCAACUGAUGGAUAUUUUGGACUCUGGGGAGAAAGUUCUUCGAAGCAAGACCAUUCCUUUGGUCAAAGUACUAUGGAAACACCAUGGAGUGGAUGAGGCUACGUGGGAACGUGAGACAGACGUCCGAUCCAUGUAUCCUGAUCUAUUUACCAAUGAAGAUAUGUUUUAA